CCAGAGAGCAGAGCGUUGAUGUGCUAGAGAGUCGUGUAAAUUAUCCGAAUAGUUUUUAUAUGUAAAACCGUUCAUUGAAGUGCAAUUAUUAAUUUAUUAUUUUUUUGUUUGUUAUAUUAAUAUAACAUGCAAUUAAUACGACAUUUAACUAAUAAAUUUUAAUUCUAAAUUAUAAUAUAAUAAAUUAAAUUUGAAAAAAUCGAAUCGUGCAUAUGCAUGAAUCACUCACUAAACAAGUAAAAGCUUUUCCAGCGAAACAAAAAAACGAAUACAAAGAUAAAAUAUUAAUAACCGCCUGAAUGGAAAAAAAUAAUAUUUUGUUAUUGUAACAAAUCAAACGCUGUGAUUAAAUUAAAAUGAGCCAAGUUAGCAUUUUAAUAUUGCCAAUCGAGUGCUUCUAUGAAAUAUUUAAGUACAUAAAAAAGAACUGCGAGAGAGACCGACCAGAUGCCACUGACGACAUCAAGUAUGAUGAUCUCAUUAGCUUUACCGCUUGCUGCGAGCCUAUUCUCCAUAUGCUCUCUGAAUGGGAUCUGCAUCUAUUUAAUAAGAUUUCGAAGUUUGUGUCCCUUAAGAUCAGCAUAAUUCACAUCGACUUUGAAAAGUUGUAUAACCGGCUGAAGGCAAAGUCAGCAAAAGACAAGGAAACCUAUUGGGCCUUCCUCAGCCACGCCAUCAGGCGUUCGACCGGUAUCUUAUUGCUUUACGCUCCCGAAUCAUUCCACAGGGAUCACUUGGAAACGUUUCAAACCGUGAUAGGUCAACUCCAAAACAAGCCAAAUCUGAAAAGGUUGUGUAUUGAUGUGCGGGGCUACACCCUAGAGGGCCUGGGAAGACUUAAAAGCCUCGAGAAACUUUAUUUAGAUAUUCGGAUGGAUAUUGAUGAUUUGAUUGAGAUCUGCCGCAUGAACAAAAACUUGCGCAUUUUGUCGUUUAUGAAUAAUGAAACGGGCGGAAAGCGGCUGGCCGCGAUAGCUGAGCAUUGCGAACAGCUGGAAGAACUCGCCUUCAAAAUGAGACCCGACUGCGAUGCAAGCGAAUACAGGCCCUUGGCUAAGAUUCCCAGACUGGAAAUCAUGGAAAUAUCAGGCGUGCACGAGAAGGGCACUCUUCAGCCUUUGCUGCAAGGAUUGGCCGCCAAUCAGAGCAAAGUCCUUAGUGGCUUGUCCAUAUACGAAGCACCACUGGACCACAAUGAAACGCAGGCCAUGGCCCAGAUUGAUACAUUAACUCAAGUGGAGUGUGGAUUUGACGAUCCCCAGAGCAUUGGCCAGUUGUGCCAACUGCCCCAUCUCAGCCACUUGAAGAUACUGUCCAAACACGAUUCUAGGGCAAUAUCGGAGCAAGUUCUCAGCCUUCUAGUGAAGUCCAAGGGGAAAAUGAGGAUUGAGCUAAACAAUUCGUCAAUUACAUACGGACCAAGUGGAGAACUUACGCUUGAUAUGAGAGAGGAGAAUGCGAAUGCGAAUGCGAAUGCCUGCGACUUCAGUCCCCUUUUGACUCUGACAGGUUUUACUUUGCUUAAGAUUUACAGAUCGCCCCAAGUUGUUUCACUUAAGCCGGUUCUCAAUGGAUUCAGGAACGCACCCACAUUGACUGACUUAUCGUUGGGAAAUAUCACGGCAGAGGAAAGCGCCGCAGUAUCUGAAAUCGUAUCUCUGAAGCGAUUGAAUUGUGGAUUUUUCGAAACACAAAAUGCUGAGCUCCUGGCGCAGCUACCCGUGCUCGAAGCAUUGACCAUUACAGCUGUGCCCUCAUGCCCAGGAUCCCUCAGGUGCCUCCUGUCGGCUCUGGCUUCGAGGGAGUCGCAGACACUACAUAAAUUGUGUUUGAAGAAAGUAAUUACUUCCGUGGAGGCAAAGGAGCUGGCCCGCCUGAGUUCUUUGCGAACUUUGGAGUGUCAGUUGGCUGAUCCUCUGGACAUUCAGCUUCUGUCCCAACUAACCAAACUCGAAAAGUUGUACCUUUAUGCCAGUGAAAUGUUAGACAAGAUAUUGCCUGGUGUCCUUACAGUUACAAAGUCCUGCAAAAAGUUAGCUGAAAUUCAUAUAGAGUGUAAGCCAGACCACUCCGGCCACGUCGACGAAAAAUCGUCUAAAAUCGUCAUCGAAAUGUUGCAGGGCUGCCAAGAUACGAUAGAUAUAUACAUCGAGAACGAGAGAAUAUCGUUCAAUCGGGAAAGCAAUAAGCUGCACGUAGAAAUGGAUUUUUUUAAACGAAAUAACCUCGCGAUCGAAUCUUUAGCCCGCCUUGAAUCUGUAAGCCAUAUGGAAAUAAAAGGAUACCAUGCAGCUGGCUCAUUGAGAGAAUUCUUUGCCGCCCUAGCGUUGAGAACUAAACACGAUCUACAGAGUCUGUGCAUACGCGACAGCUCGCUGGACUUGAGUGAGACUACGGAAUUGGCCAAGAUUACUUCCUGGAAGUGCUUCACGGGCUGUCUCUCCGAUAGACAAAGUUUCCAGCAUUUACUCCAUUUAAGCGAUUUCAAUGUUUUUGAAGAGAGAACUGGCAGCAGAAAAAUCACGUUCGAUAAGUUCACUGGGAAAUUGAGUGUUUCUCCAUUUAAUGUCAGGUUAGGCAAUGGCUUACCCAACGGCAUGGGACUAAGUCCCCUGGCUAGCCUGCAGAAUUUGCGGCAAGUUAUUAUUUCUGGCGUCUUCGAAGAUGGCGCCAUGCUUAAUUUCUUCGGACAGCUGGCCACGUAUCAAGGCCAGACUCUGCAGGAACUCAGAUUGGACAAUCCUUACGAAAUGUGCAAUGAAGAGCUGAGGGAAGUGAGUAGAAUGAAGUCUCUCCGAUCCCUGGCCUGCGGGCUAUCCCCCCAAGUUCAGGACAUGGAAAUAGAACAGCUGGCUCAGCUUCCCCAGCUGGCAGUGCUGGUUGUUGGCUCCCAUCGAGUGGGCUCCCUGAAGAACCUUCUUGGCAUGCUCGCCGCCAGAGAGUGCCCCACACUAGAACAUCUGGCUGUGAGGGGCGAAAGUCUCACCCCCCUAGAGGUAAAGGAAGUAUGCGCUAUAAGUUCCCUGAAGCGACUCGAGUGCGCAUUCUGCAGCACAGAGGGUGUCGAUGUAUUGUCACAGCGAAACUGCAUCGAGCAUCUGGGCAUAAGAACUGGCAAAGGUGAAGCCUCUCUGGUAGAUCUGCUCACUGCUUUUGCAUCUUCUGGCGAAUCAAAUAUUCAGAAAUUGACUAUCGAUGGUCCGGCAGUCGAUCAGGAAUCAGCUACCGCAUUAAGUCUUGUUCUUCGAAUUCCGAAACUAAAGUCCCUGAAGCUCCCAAUCAAAGAUACCCAGGGCAUUGAGGGAUUGGCCGAAUCCUUGCACCUCGAAGAGCUGACAAUCUCCUCUAGCCCCGAAGAAGGUUCUCUAGAAAGGCUCUUCCGGGCACUUUCACUGAAGCAUUCAACCAAAUUAAAGAAUUUGGUUGUGGAGAACACUUCCAUCGGCCUUGAAGAGGCCCUCCAACUCGUGCAGGUGGAUUCAAUCACAAGCCUAAAGUGUGCAUUCAAAGAUGAGGAAAUCUACUCGCUCCUGCCUAAAAUGACUAAUCUCGAGAGUCUGGAAAUCACUUCGCAACAUACAUUUUUAAAUAUUUCUGGGCAUCUGCUUGACAUCUUUCGAGAGUGUCGAAAACUUAAACAUAUUAAUUUGGGAAAUGAAUACUGCUACUCGUUUCCUGGCUUCGUGAAAAGUUCACUGGACAUACUAAAAUCGGUGAGAGAUCCCUCAACUCAAGGUCCAUUGGAGAUGCAGAUUAACCAUUCACCUAAUGGCUUAGUAGACGAGAUGACUGCCAACGAUAAAAAGUAUUUGAUUUUCAUCCAUUAGAAUCAUUCGUGGAUGAGAGCAAGGGAGAGAGCGAUGAUCAGUCAGAAAGUUGGUCCUUAAAUUAACCAAAACUAUCUUCCAUA